UGACGGGCGGAGGGCGGGAGCGGAGCCCGCAGCCCGCAGCCAGGAUCCCCGAGGCUGCCGCCGCCUCCUCCCUUCUCAGCUGCCCGCUCGGGCAGCGCCGACGCCGACCCCCGCCCGCCCUCUCCCCUCCGAGCGCCAUGUCGGCCGCCGAACCCGGCACCGGCCGGUACCAGCAGCUGCAGAAUGAAGAGGAGCCAGGAGAGACUGGAGCAGUGAUGAAUGAUGCCCCUCCACCCUACAGCAGCAUUUCUGCAGAGAGCACAGCCUAUUUUGACUACAAGGAUGAGUCAGGCUUUCCAAAGCCUCCCUCUUACAACGUGGCCACGACGCUGCCGAGUUACGACGAGGCAGAGAGAACCAAGGCUGAAGCCACAAUUCCCUUGGUUCCUGGCAGGGAUGAGGACUUUGUGACACGGGAUGACUUUGAUGACACUGACCAGCUGAGGAUAGGAAAUGAUGGCAUUUUCAUGCUCACUUUCUUCAUGGCAUUCCUGUUCAACUGGAUUGGAUUUUUCCUGUCUUUCUGUCUGACUACUUCAGCUGCAGGACGAUAUGGGGCCAUUUCUGGGUUUGGUCUGUCUCUUAUUAAAUGGAUCCUGAUUGUCAGGUUCUCCACCUAUUUUCCUGGUUACUUUGAUGGCCAGUAUUGGCUUUGGUGGGUCUUCCUUGUCCUAGGCUUCCUGCUGUUUCUCAGAGGAUUUAUUAAUUAUGCAAAGGUUAGGAAGAUGCCAGAUACUUUCUCCACUCUCCCCAGAACCAGAGUUCUCUUCAUUUACUAAAGAUGUUUUCUGGCAAGUCUCUUCCUGCCUUAGUGAAUUCUCCCUUCAAGAAGCAACAGGACACCUGCAGGAAGUGAAUCAAGAUUCUGGAGUAGAAGAAAAAAAAAACAUAAAAAAAUCAUCACCUGCUUUAAAAUAAAUAAAUAAAUAAAAGUACUGUUGGGUUAAAAAAAAAUCAACCUUGCACACACACACACACAGAAAGAGAAAGAGAAAAAGGAGAAGCAUUUCUUUCUAUUUGUUUCUAGGUGUAAAAUUUUAAUAAUUAAUGCAGAGCUCUGUAAUCAUAGUGGCUAAUGCUUGAACAAGCUAUUGCAGUCCAGUCUGUGACGUGCUCAUGCAGCCUCUCUAGGUCCUUCCUGUCGUGCUGUGGGUAGCCUGAGCCCUGUCCCCAAAGCCACCAGGGGACAGGAUUGCUUUAGGUCCUUCUCCUCCUCUUCCUCCUCCUCUGGGGCCCAGGCAGCUGCAUGGGGCUGGUGGCAAGGGGUGGGAGGAAGAGGGCAAGGGGUGUCAUCACCCAGGGGUGACAUCUGUGGGGUCAGAAGGUGGCAUCACCCCUGAGGUGACAUCAGUGGGGUCAAGGGGUGACACUGUCCACACCAAGGGGUGGCAUCACCCUUGAGGUGACAUCAGUGGGGUCAGAAGGUGGCAUUUUCCACACCAAGGGGUGGCAUCACCCCUGAGGUGACACCAGUGAGGUCAAGGGGUGGCAUUGUCCACACCAAGGGGUGGCAUCACCCCUGAGUGACAUCAGUGGGGUCAAGGGGUGGCAUCACCCACUGGUGACACCUCUGUGCCACCCCCUCCCAGCAGGGUCCCUGCGGGUGGGAUCCUCGGGGUGCCAUGGGGAGGGGGGAUUGUUCUGGGGGCAGCACAAGGAUUAAUUUUUGGGUAGUUUUAUCUCCUCAGUGUUGUUGUGUAUUUUAAUGAUUUUAAUUUCCUGACUUUCUGGACUCUUUGGGGUUUCACAGUGCACCUUGGUAGUGUAAACAGAAAGCUCACGUCGCAGCUUUGUAUAAAGAACUUUCCUUGCAAAACAAAGGCCUUUUUAUUUUAUUUUUUUUCUGGAUUUUUUUUUUCUUUUUCUCUGGCUUGGGACUUUGGGGACAAUUCCUGUAAUCCCUGCUUUUUUAAUUUGUGUGAGCAGAGCCCAUGAUGCUUUCUAACUGUAGAUUUCCUGUGCACUUCCCGUGCUUUCUGCCAAGUGGUUUCAUUCACUUUGGAGUUUUACUAUGUUCAAACUGUAAAUACAGCAGAACCUUAAUAAAUGUCACUUAUGUAGCA